CAAUCAACUGCCACCACACAGAAGAGAGAAAGACCGUGUUUAUCGAAAGAUCAGCAAAGUGAAAUAUGGCAUCGAAGCUCUGCGACUCGUGCAAAUCGGCGACGGCAAAGCUGUUCUGCCGAGCCGACUCGGCGUUCCUCUGCGUAGGCUGCGACUGCAAGGUCCACGCGGCCAAUAAGCUCGCGUCCCGCCACGCGCGCGUCUGGGUCUGCGAGGUCUGCGAGCAGGCUCCCGCCCACGUCACGUGCAAGGCCGACGCCGCCGCCCUCUGCGUAACGUGCGACCGCGACAUCCACUCAGCCAAUCCCCUCUCCCGCCGCCACGAGCGCAUCCGCGUCACGCCCUUCUAUGACACCGUCGCCGUCAAUUCCGGGGCCACCGCCAACUUUCUCGACGACCGUUAUUUGUCCGACGGUGACGUCGGCAGAGAAGAGGCCGAGGCCGCCUCUUGGUUGCUCCCAAACCCUCCCAAUCCUGCCAACAACAAGGUGACAGAGACUCCGGAUCUGAAUACGGGUCAGUUCGUGUUCCCGGCCAUGGAUCCCUAUCUGGAUCUGGAUUAUGGACCCGUGGAUCCAAAAUUGGAAGCGCAGGAGCAGAACAGUUCGGGUACUGACGGAGUCGUACCCGUGCAGAGCAAGAGUGUGCAUCAGCUCAGUGACCACUGCUUCGAUCUCGAUUUCUCCACUUCCAAGCCCUACGUGUAUGGCUACAACAGUCACUGUCUCAGUCAGAGUUUCGCUGCACAGGUGUCGUCCUCCUCGCACGACGUUGGCGUAGUGCCAGAUGGCGGCGCGGUGACCGAUGUAUCCGAUUCUUACGCUAAGCCCGUGAUGGAGUCUGCGAAUCGGACGGUUCCGAUUUCGGCGGCCGAUCGUGAAGCGAGGGUGCUGAGGUACCGAGAGAAGAGGAAGAACCGAAAGUUCGAGAAAACGAUCCGGUACGCCUCGCGAAAAGCCUACGCAGAGACGAGGCCGCGAAUCAAAGGGAGGUUCGCCAAGCGGGGCGGACAUGGUGGGGGUUGAACCGUUGAAGUUGAUCGUGUAUGUUGGUGGGUACGGCGUCGUUCCGUCGUAUUUAAGGUUAAAUUUGCCGUCGUAAUAAAUUGACGUUUUGUGUAUAUACUUUUGGGAUGGUGUUUGAUCGACCGUUGAUUUUGUAAAAAAAGUUGAUGGUAUGUAGUAAUGGAAUUUUGCUUUUUCUCC